AUGUUUCCCCUUUACACCCUGGCACAGCUGUCCGCCUUGUGCAGGAAGUUGGGCGUGGGUUUGAUCGUCUCCCAGUGCUGCGGCCCCAUCGGCUUCUUUAUACAAGAUUUUGGGACAAUAAAAAAGGAAGGCGGAGAGAAGACUAUCUUUUCCCACCCCCCUCUUCCAGAGGUCUUUACUGCAAGAUUGGGGGACCUGGAUCCAAAAGUCCACGCUGCUGUGUUUGCAGUACUUGGAAUGCUUCGGUGGGAGUGCGAAGCGCGGGAGCGUCGGAGGCCCCUGGGAUCGCCUGAAGCCGAUCCCGGCUCAGCAGAAGCAGCAGCAGCAGCAGCAGCAGAAGCAGCAGCAGCAGCAGCAGCAGCAGCAGCAGCAGAGGUAAAAGCAGCAGCAGCAAAAGUGUUUGCUGCCGAUGGUUUACAGGCAACCCCCGAGAUAUGGCGAGCAACCAAGUACGUGGGGUGUAUAGACACCUCAGCUUUUUAA